AUGUCGUCAGACGCUUCCAAAUUGAGCAUCACUGGCUUGAUUGCUGCAGCAAAAGACGCAGGAUUCCAGAACUUCCAGAACUUGCUCGAAUCUUACGGUCUUCAAAUUUGGAAAGAUGACGAAGUACAGGAAGGCAAGGCCAUCUUGAGGGCUAUGGGAUAUGGCAUUUAG